UAGCUUUGGAGCCUGUCCUGGAACUAGCUCUUGUAGACCAGGCUGGCCUUGAACUCCAGAGAUCCACCGGUCUCUGCCUCCCCAGUGCUGUGAUUAAAGGCAUGCGCCACCACCGCCCGGCAGACAAUGUGUUUUAAACUUGUGGUAAAGUAGGCAUAGUUAGAAGAUACCUGUAGGAUACUGUCAUAUUGUCUCUGUGCUCUGUCAUUGAGCCACACCCUCAGCCCCUCACUUGGGGAUUCUAGGCAGAAGUUUUACCAUUGAGCCACACCCCCAGAAAGGAAUGACUACUUCUAGGAGGGAGGACAUACUCAUUAUGGGUUUCUUGUGAUUCUUAUUUAAAUGCAUAAUUGCACUAAAUUGUUAUGGCAGCCAUUGACAGAAAUAUCGUCUGAAUCCUCUACAUGAUAGUUUAUUUGGUUUUGUUUGUUUGAAACAUGGUUUCCCGUAGCCCAGGGUAUUCUUGAACUUUCUGUGUAUUGGAAGUGACUGAAUUCCUGACCCUACUGUCUCCACCUUCCAAGUGCUAAAAUUGCAGACAUGGUCCAGCAUGUGUGGCUCUAUGGAAACUAUUGUGUGUGAUUAUUUACCUUGAUUUUGGACAGACCAGGUGUAGAACUAUAAUGUUCAAUAUGGCAGCCAGUAGCUAGCUAGUAAAAUUCUUUAAGUCUAAAUGACUGGGUGGAGAAGUGAAAAAAAAAAAGACACAACUCACAAUUUUUCUCUAAUUCCAUACUGAAAUAACUCUUCGAGUAUAUGAAACAUAUAUCAAAUAAUUACAAUGUUUAUUCUAUUUUUGUUAGUUUUUGGUUUUUUUUUGAGAUAUGUUCACAUUAGGUGACCCAGAUUGGCCUCACUUGAAGUGACCCUCCUGCUUCAGCCUUCUGCAUGCUGAGAUUAUAGGCAUGUACAAUCAUGUCCUGUUCUUCUGUUUACUUUUUCUCUCCCUCCUUCCUUUGAGACAGAGUCUCACUAUGUAGCCCUGGCUGCCCUUGAACUCACAGAGGUGUGCUUGCUCAGGUUCCGGUUCAGUGGAGCUCACGGAUGAUUGACAUCCAGACCAAGAUGACAGAGAGAGCACUGGAGCUCCUCUGUCUGCCAGAGGGUCAGCCCUCUUAUCUGUUGGACAUUGGGUGUGGUACUGGACUGAGUGGAGACUAUAUCUCAGAGGAGGGGCACUAUUGGGUGGGCAUUGACAUCAGCUCUGCCAUGUUGGAUGCUGCCUUGGACCGAGACACAGAGGGGGACCUGCUGCUAGGGGACAUGGGGCAGGGAGUCCCUUUCCGACCAGGUUCUUUCGAUGGCUGCAUCAGCAUCUCAGCUGUUCAGUGGCUCUGCAACGCAAACAAGAAGUCAGACGUCCCUGCCAGGCGACUCUACCGCUUCUUUUCUUCUCUGUACUCUGCCCUCGUCCGUGGGGCCCGAGCUGUCCUGCAGCUGUACCCGGAGAACUCGGAGCAGCUGGAGCUAAUCACAACCCAGGCCACAAGGGCAGGCUUCACUGGCGGCGUGGUGGUCGACUUCCCCAACAGCGCCAAAGCAAAGAAGUUCUACCUCUGUCUGUUUUCUGGGCCUUCCACCUCCCUGCCAAAGGGGCUGACUGAAAGUCAGGAUGCAGAUGAGGCCACCGAGUCCGCCUUCACCAGUGAAAGGGCUCCACACAAGAAAGCACGGCGGGACCUGGUGAAGAAGAGCCGGGAGUGGGUCCUAGAGAAGAAGGAGAGGCGCAGGCGCCAGGGCAAGGAGGUCAGACCUGACACCCAGUACACAGGCCGCAAGCGCAAGCCCCGCUUCUGAGGGCGCUGCAUCUAAUCAAGUGGAGUCUGGCCACCCACACCUGCAUCCAGUCCUGCAGCCGGCCCUGGCCACCCACACCUGCAUCCAGUCCUGCAGCCGGCCCUGGCCACCCACACCUGCAUCCAGUCCUGCAGCCGGCCCUGGCCACCCACACCUUCAUCCAGUCCUGCAGAUGGGCCUGGCCACCCACUCUGCUCAGAGGUUGGGAGCUGUCCAAACCAGGACCUGCCUCUGAGGAAUUUUCUAGAUUGAACUGUUUACCUCAGCAGCUAGCAACAUAGUAUUUUAGAAAAGUUGCGAAUUUCUCAAAAUAUUUUUUCACUAAAAGUGUUCCGGGGAUUUGGGUUUGGCAGCCCAGAUCAUGUAAUUCCAACACCCUCCUUGGAGGCUAAGGCAUCAAGAUGGAAAGUUCCAGGCCAGUCUGGGCUACAUAGCAAAAACCUGUUUUAAAAAAACAAAGUGAAAAAAAUUUCUAAGAAUGUUUUAUUUUGUCCUAAAUACAUUAAUUUAGUUUCUAAGUAA